UUCCGCCAACGGCAUUCCGAAGGAGGGAGUCGCGAGCCUCCUGGCUCCGUCGCUAUGGCAACCGCCGCGCUGUAAACCGCCGCCGCUUUGCCUCAGGGCCGCCGCCGGUUCGACAUGGCAGAGCUGGGUCUGAAUGAGCAACACCAGAAUGAAGUUAUCAACUACAUGCGAUUUGCACGCUCCAAGCGUGGCCAGCGUCUUAAGACAGUAGACUCUUGUUUUCAGGACCUGAAGGAAAGCAGGCUGGUGGAAGACACAUAUACUAUUGAUGAAGUGACAGAUAUACUGGAUGGCUUGCAGACUGUGGUACACAGUGAGGUGGAGUCAGAACUUAUUAACACAGCCUAUACCAAUGUAUUACUUCUUCGCCAGAUUUUUUUCCAAGCAGAGAAGUGGUAUCUUAAACUGCAGACUGACAUUUCUGAGCUGGAAAAUAGAGACUUACUAGAGCAAGUUGCAGAGUUUGAAAAGUCAGAAUUUACAUCUUCAAAUAAGAAGCCUAAUCCAGAGUUGGUGAAGCCUAAACUUACUCCAUUGCAUGAAGGAGCAUCAGAAUUAUUGAACAAGGAAAUAGCAAGACUCCAAGAGGAAAAUGAAAAAUUGAAGACUAGAUUAAAGACCAUAGAAGGGCAUGCUACAAGUGCACUGGAUGAAAAAUCAAAGUUAGAAAAGGCUUUACGUGAGCUACAAAUUGCCCAGGGAGAUCAAAAGUUUAACCCAACUCAGGACAUUAGUGAGUUAGAAAAUACUAUGGCUGAUCUGAAGUGCAAACUUGAAAAGACUUUGCAAGACAGUACUGCAAGCCAAAAAUCAUUGGAAGAGAAUCUGGUAACAACAAAGCAUGACCUUCUUAAGGUUCAGGACCAGUUGGCUAUGGCUGAAAAGGAAUUGGAAAAGAAGUUCCAACAAACAACUGCCUACCGCAAUAUGAAAGAGAUUCUCUCCAAGAAGAAUGAACAGAUAAAGGAAUUACGAAAGAAGCUUUCAAAAUACGAACCAGAUGAUUAAGGUCUGAAGAGCAUUUGCUGUGUUAAACUGCCACAAAAAGAAAAUGCAUAGGAUUUUAAAAAUAUGAAAUCUAUUUUCCCCAAUAUGUUGGGAUUUAUGCUUUCUAAGGAGUUUAUUGUUUUCUUUUUCUGAAAAAAAUGUUUAUUGAUAGGAAGCCGUAAUAGAAUUGAGAGCAAAGAAAAGGCAUAGUCUUUAUUUCUGUACUUCAUGUCUUUGGAAUAGCUAUCUUGUGGAUUGCCUGGAAAACUACAAACAUGGAGGUAUUAAUUCUUGUGAAGUAGAAAGAUUUAUUUUAAACAAAACCAAAAGUUCAAAUUCCAGUUCUUUUCAUACCUAUAAGGUACAGACCCAAAGAGUUAAAUUCCUGUAAUUUACAUGCUUCUCAAACAUGGCCUUUCUUUUACAAUUGUACUAGGAGCAGUGAUUCUCUAAGUAACUUGUUAAUUCAUACCUGCUAUUUAUUUUAAAAAUUAUUAGCUCAAUAGUUUCAAAAGAGCUUCUGCACUAAAGGGAGAAAAACAAUCUGUUUGUUAUGUGUAGGAAGUGGAAAAGCUGGUGCUCAAAUGUUAACUAACUAGUAAAAAUAUAUUUUUUGUCUUACACAUCUAAUUGAAAUUACACUGUCUUAAAUUUCGUUAUUAUAUCACAGAUGUAAGGAAUCCCAUCUCCAAUACACCUUCCAUUCAUUUCUCUGAUGGUUUGCACAGAAACUCUGGACACUCCACACUGAAAUCAAUAGGUUAUAUGCAGCAAACAGCCUUUCUGGAAUCUGUCCCAGGAAAUACAUAUCACAUUCUAGAGGUAAAUGUUCAAUAGUAGAACAGAAAGUAGAGUUUUUCCCCAAAUCUGCUAAGUUGGCAACAGACUAGAUGAAACUAUUGUUACUUUUGGGAGUGACAGGUCAACCAGUCUUCAUCAUGCAAGUAUUCCAACCUUUUGGGUUCUGUGUAUUUGCCAACUAUAUAUUGCUAUAUAUUUUGUCUUCGUUAUAUAUGUUAUUAAAUUCCUAAUUUAAUUAAAUUCCUAAUUAAGGCUAAUGAAA